CGCCUGCCUCAGCCUCCCUAAAUGUAGUCUUUCUUAAAGAUGGGGACAUAGAGGUCCCUUUCAGACCUCCAGGAGUCUGUGAUUCAAUGUUGCAGGAGAACAGGAAUUGGCCUCAGAUUGGUGGGUAGCUGGGGGUAACACGAUGAUGACUAGCCUGGGUGUGGGGCCUCUAUCACAGAACUUGGACCAGUGGACCAUGCGCCAGUCUUCCUUGGAGUUGCAGCUCAUGAUCAAGCAGACCCCUAACAAUGAGAUGAACUCCCUCUUGGAGAACAUUGCCAAGGCCACAAUCGAGGUUUUCCAACAGUCAGCAGAGACAGGGUCAUCUUCUGGAAGUACUGCAAGCAACAUGCCCAGCAGCAGCAAGACCAAGCCUGUGCUCAGCUCUCUAGAGCGCUCUGGUGUAUGGCUGGUGGCCCCCCUCAUUGCUAAACUGCCCACCUCAGUCCAGGGACAUGUGUUAAAGGCUGCUGGGGAGGAAUUGGAGAAGGGUCAGCACCUGGGUUCUUCUUCACGCAAAGAACGUGAUCGACAAAAGCAGAAGAGCAUGUCCCUGUUGAGCCAGCAGCCCUUCUUAUCACUGGUGCUAACAUGUCUGAAAGGGCAGGAUGAACAACGCGAGGGACUCCUUACCUCCCUCUACAGCCAGGUGCACCAGAUUGUGAAUAAUUGGCGAGAUGACCAGUACUUAGAUGAUUGCAAACCAAAGCAGCUUAUGCAUGAGGCACUCAAACUGCGGCUCAACCUGGUUGGGGGCAUGUUUGACACAGUGCAGCGCAGCACCCAGCAGACCACGGAGUGGGCCAUGCUCCUCCUGGAGAUCAUCAUCAGCGGCACUGUCGACAUGCAGUCCAACAAUGAGCUCUUCACUACUGUGUUGGACAUGCUGAGCGUGCUCAUCAAUGGGACAUUGGCUGCAGACAUGUCUAGCAUCUCCCAAGGUAGCAUGGAGGAAAACAAGCGUGCAUACAUGAACCUGGCAAAGAAGCUACAGGUGAGCAGAGGAGGCAGGGACAAGGUUUGCGGGUACCGGAAUCUGCUGUCCAGCCUCAGGAACUUGCUUCUGGCUUGAGCCCUCUACCUUUCCU